AUGGGUAAUGUUCCUGGGAAAUUAGACGAAGAGAAUGCAAUUCGGUCGGGCCGAUCUUACAGCACGUCGGACACUACACGGCGCAACAGCGCCAGUGUCGUGACUGGUAGAGCACAGAGAGCUUCUUCACUCGUAGGAACGAUUUUAAAUGGCCGAACGAGGUCAGAUUCUUUAAUGCAUGGGCAUUCCAGUAAUCCCUAUAAGCGGAAAUCGACGAAGGAGAAAGAACGACUGAAGGAGAAACAUGCGAAGGAACUAGUAGUUAAAUUUGACGAAUGUGUUGACGGUGGGUUUUUAGCACCGUUUGGUUGUUUCGGGCUUGAUAAACUCGAUUACGACGCAAGAGUCGUGAAAGGUCUUAUAGUGGACCGGAAACUUGCACCUUUCUAUCUGCCGCUGGACGACUUUGACCCAGAAUGGACAAGAAAGGAAGUUGUGAAGGUGGUGGACGCACUACCGCUACAUGCACCUUUCGAGGAAGACACCGAUGAGUACGAUGGAGUAGCGACGGGAAGUCUUGCGGACGACGAUUUUGACUCCUUGAUAGAUAAAACGCUUUCACGUCGCGAACAGCGCAAACACCGGCUCAAAAUCUUCAACGCCCGUUUAUACAAGAAGCGGAUCGCAUGGCAAGAAAAGGAGAACGAGCGAUACCUAGACAAGAAACUAGAGACGCGAAGUGGCGGCUCGCGAGCCGCUGGGCUUCUGAUGAGCGACGACCUGAAAGUUGCGCUUUACACCCACGGCACCGAAUGUCCCAUCUGUUUCUUGUAUUUCCCAGAACCGAUGAACAAGUCGCGCUGCUGUCUCCAGCCGAUUUGCUCGCAGUGUUUCGUUCAAAUCAAAAGAGCCCCUCCGCAUUUCCCACACGACGAAGAAGAUACGGACGUUCAGGAUGAGGAAAAGGACCCUAACCUUUUGGUCUCGGAGCCUGCCAGCUGUCCUUACUGUGCGACACCGGACUUCGGUGUUACGUACGAUGCUCCAGAAGAGAGAAGAGUAGGAGUGCUAGCGCCCUUACCGGGCACGUUUGUAUUGUCGGUUCCUAGUCGCUCUGAGCUUUUCAAAGAUACAAACAGUAUCGGACGACGCGGUUCGGUACCCGCUGACGAUCCAACUGUGGUGAAAUCAGAUACAAUUAGACCGGAUUGGCAGAUUGAAUUGAACAAAGAACGCAUGCGUCUAGCAAGAAGGUCUGCCAAUGCGACAGCAAUUCACGUCAGCAAUCAGUUAGUUGACCCUAGCCAUCAGAACGUUUCCACUCAUACUAGCACAUCAGUACCACGCUCGGAGUUCACCCCCACCUCGCUAUCGCCACGAGAUCUCGAACAACAGAUGAUCGACCAUGCCAUUAGGCUAAGUUUGGCAGAACAAAAAGACUCAAAGAGGUCCCGAAACUCAAAUCAUCGAUAG